AUGCGGUGGCGUUUCCUUGCAGAAUUGUCUUGUCACGUGCGCCCUUUUGUGCAGCAUUUAGUCGUCGAAGACGGCGCCAUGGCUUCUGGGAUUCUGCGCAUUUCGGGCAACUCCGCUCACUCUGGACAUGAACUACUUCAUGACCUUCCGGGAUCUUUGACAGUGCCCAAGGGCAAAUCUUCCAGCCCCGAGAGCAGUUUGAGCCUGCGCAGCCGUUCGCACUCCCCAUCAACGUCUCCCAGAGGAGUCAAGAGCGGGCUGCUUCAUUUCCGAGCGUCGCUCGUGGAGUCUCAGAGGUCCAUCUUGCGGCAGCUGGAUCAGAAGAUCCAGGAAUUGGAGAAGGUGCCACGGACCUACGAGGAGGAUGUCCACUCGAAGAUCUUGCAGGUGCCUUUCAGUCCGAGCGCAACUUUGGGUCCGGCUGGGCCGAAGGACGAGCCCAGAGUCCUGGAUGCGAAGUCGGAUGCCAUGACCAAGGUGCCCAGUAUGCCUCUUCCUGCAAUUGGAAGUGAAGAAGAAGAGAGUGAUGAGGAACUUGCACCAGGCCAGAAGCCGCAGAUCAAGCGCCAAGUAACCGACACCUUCACAGCGCUCAACGGUGUGGACGAAAAGCGGAAGAAGAAUGUGGUGUGGAUUCAAAAGAACGCCAGAGUCAGCUUGAUCGAUGAGACCUAUGAAUCCCAUGCUCCAGGGGUUGCUUCUUUGUCGCGACAGUCCAAGCAUGUGGCGGCCAAGGACAAGAAGAUUGCUGCACAGAUGCAUAUGCCUGGCAGCUUUAGGAGCCAUCGAAAUGUAAGCUGCUGCUGA